AUGCCUGCAGACCAGGACUCCCUAUACGGGCAACCCCGUCUGAAAAAGAACAAAACUGAACAAACCACUUCCUCAAACCUCGCCUUCACCUCUCAGCUCUCUUCACUCAUCGCCCAAGAUGCGACCUCGGCUUCGUCGCGCGGGCGCCACCGUCCCUCCAAGCAUCCGAAGUCAGAUAUCUUUUCAAAGCACAACAAAGGAACUCAGAAGCGCGCAGCUGCCGAUCUCGCAGAUGACAACAGGGCGCUCAAGCAGGUCCACAGGAGCACCCAGGACAUUGGCUCCGUUGACGCCAGCACGCUGAGCCGGUCUCGACGCCGCAUGCAGGAAAAAGCACGCGUCUACGAGGAUAUGAAGAAGGGACUGCAUCUUGCCGGUGACAGUGAUGAUGAUGACAUGCCAGUUGAUCCAUCCGAUCCGGACGCCUACCUAGCCCGGCUACGACGCAAGGAGAAAGACGUAUUGGUUGAUUUCGAUCUGAAGCACGCAAACGAGGAGCCGCUCAAGCAAGAUGAAACCGAUGACGACAAUGCAUCUAUUGUUUCUUACGAAGACGAUCUUGGCCGUUCUCGCCGUGGCACUCGCGCCGAAGCCGCCGAAGCCGCUCGCGCCAAGGAGGAAGAAGCCGGUGGCAGAGCUGCCCAGGAACGCUGGCGUCCUACUCGUCCUGACAAUUUGAUUUACGGAGAGACCGUUCAGACAGAAGCCUUUAAUCCCGAUGCCAACAUUGCGUCCCACAUGUCCCAUCUCGCUGCUCGCCGUGACCGCUCGCCUACCCCGCCAGAGAAGAAGCAUUACGAUGCCGAAACAGAGGUUCGCAACCGUGGAACCGGAUUCUAUAACUUUUCCACCGACGAGGAGGAGCGUAAGCAGCAGAUGGAAGAACUCCGAGUUUUGCGAGAGGAGACUUUAUUCAAGCGGAAAACGGACGAGGAAAGGAUGGCUGAGCGCAAGGCUCAUGAAGAGUGGCGAAUCAAAGAGAUCAACAGACUUCAGGAAGAGAGGAGGGAGAGAUGGCGCUUGGAGGACCUUGAAGCCGAACGCAACCCUAAGCCAAAAACCACGCCUCCGCCUAAACCACCGCCCUCGAUGUGGUUGUACCCUGAGUCAGACACCCCGUAUGACCGAACUAAAUGCCCACUGUGGCGACGGUACAUGGUCAUGGUUUAUCCCGACCCAGACGAUAUUGCCGAAUCUACAAAGGACAAGGACAAGGACAAGGAGACUUCCUAG